AUGUCUAGACAAUUCUACGCCCUCUCAAUGCGCCACCAUCCAGACCGCAACCGCACAGACCCAGACGCAAGUCAACGCUUCGCCCGCAUUUCCGCCGCCUACAAUGUUCUGGGCAACGCCUCAAAGCGCGCAGUCUAUGACCGCGACCACGGCUUCCAUAUUACGCAGCACGCCUCCCCAGGGCAAAGCCACAGCCACCAACACCCGAUGGGCAGCCACAGCAGCUACGCCGGUUCACGGCCCGCCAGCGGGCUGAGCAAGCGGCGCUCGACAUUCCAUGGUCCGCCACCCAGUUUCUACGAGCAGGGUGGGUAUGGUGCUACGGGGAGACAGGCUCAGGGAUGGGCGCCUAGUGGUAGUGGUGGUGCUGGGAUGGGGUCGGAGUCCGGGGCUAGCGCUAGCGCUGGAACAAAGCAUGUGGAUCCGGAGGAUUGGGAGGGAUUUAUUCAUCGGAAUCCGUUGAAUCAUUUUAAUGCUCGGGGGCAUUUCAGGACGCAGGAGGCGGAGGAUAGGAGGAGGGGGGGAGAGGAGGAGGGAGGGGGGGGGGCUGGGAGAACUGAUGAGGAUCGGGUUGGCCGUGAGCCCGAGGUUGAUUGGACCGUUUCAAGAUUCUUUCUUUGUUCUGGAUGUUUGAUUGUUAUGCUUGUUGUCGUAGAAUUUUGGCGGUCGGUUCCCAAGGUCGUUGAUGGGAGGAAGACGAGGAAGCAGAGGUAG